AUGCAAUUGCAAGUCAUGCCAUCGGAAAAUCAUCAUAGGAAAUAUGAUUCCGGCUAUCAAAAGCAUAGAAAGAAACAAAGAGUCGAUGAACUAAUUGAAUCUCAGAAAGGGGCCAUGGAAAGAUUUAUUAGGAAAGAACCACCAGUUAAUCAGACACUUGAUCAGGGUACUACACAAAAUACUAGUGUUCCUAAUGAUGGUGAGACUGAGACACAGGUAGAGAACAUUCCUCCUACACUUGAGGAAAACAUUGAGGAAGUUCCUAAUAAUGGUGAUAACAUGGAUGGCACUAGCAUUGAUGUUAACUUGGAUAAAACUGUAUAUAUAAGUCAUGGGCGCAACAUUAAUAUCUCAAUUUUGUACAGAGUUGAUCCAUUCAAUCAGUUUCACAGUUUGCCAUGGGAAUUAUAA